UUGCAUGACACCAGUAUCGGGAUUUUGCCAUAGCUGCGAUAUAAAAACGGUCGACUGUCCAUACAAAAAAAAAGAGUAUUAUCAUUUGUAUGCACAUGGAGGUGUUCCGGUAGCUUGUUGAUUGUACCACUACAGACUACAGUGUGGACGUCAACCUCGAAAUCAAUAUUAGUUUAUAGGCCUUGUAAUAGUUAUUCGACUUUUCCACAUGAUCUUCUCAAACGGAUAUUAAUGUGCCUAAUAUUUGUUUGUGUCUAGACAUGAAAUGAGGGUAUUUUCGUUCGUGGUAUCAACGCCUUUGGAAAAAUUUACAUGCAACGAGUCAUGGGAAUGCAUGUAGCUACAAUAUCAAAAGACAUUGCUGAGAUCCAUGUUCUUCAUCAGUUAGCAUUUGGAAAUCAGUUGAAAGUAUAAUGGGAGAGUAAAAAUGAAGUCAGUAUAAGGAUUACAAGACGUGUUACCUUCAGGUACCAUGGGGGCCUCUUGGCAUAAAGAGAAAAACAGGCAAACUGACAUAAUUCUUAGGAAAUUAAGCCCGAGGCGCAGACAGAAUUAUGAUAGGUACACCAAAGACGAAAGUGGCAAACCCGUGGUCAUUGAACUCAACGAGGAGGAAGAAAGAGAACGAAUGAAGAGUAUCGUCGUUCCUGACGGCGAUUUCCUCCUCUACUGGCUGACGGUGGUCAGCGUCGCUGUGGUGUAUAACCUCUGGGCGUUGAUCGCCCGCGAGGCCUGGCCUGCGCUUCAAGAGAAAAGCCGUGUCGGCUGGUUCCUUGCGGAUUACUUCUGUGACUUCAUCUACAUUCUGGACAUGGCGGUCCAGGGCCGUACGGCGUACUUGAAACACGGUCUCCAUGUCCUAGACGGACAGAAACUCUUGAGACAUUAUGUCAGAUCAUGGCAGGGCGUGGUUGAUCUCCUCUCCCUCCUCCCCACCGAUCUCUUCUACCUCCUUGAUACCAAACGUCUGCAUCCGAUCGUGAGAUGUCCGAGGUUACUUCGGGUCUACAGGUUCCAUCUCUGGUAUGUGAAAGUAGAGAGCAGGAUCCAGUUCCCGAAUGUCUUCCGAGUCUUCAAUCAUAUUCACGUGCUGUUGUUGGGCCUCCAUUGGACGGGUGCAGUUUAUUAUCUCAUCAGUAAAGCUAUUGCGGGGACUUCACCCACAUUUAAUGAUUGGGUAUACUCAGAACCCUUCGGGAGGAAUGCCUCAUUAGCUCAUAAAUACCUUGCUUCAUUCUACUGGUCAACGUUAACAUUGACCACGAUCGGUGACCUCCCGCCUCCUGAAAACGAAAUUGAGUAUUUCGUGCAAAUUGUUGGUUAUCUGGUCGGCAUAUUCAUUUUCGCUACCGUUGUCGGGCAAGUUGGUGCAGUCAUCGCGAAUCGAAAUGCUACGCGGAUGGACUUCGAGCGGCAAGUUGAUCAUGCUAAGCGGUACAUGCGAAGAAACAAUGUUCCAAGGCCACUGCAGUUACGGGUUCUGCGGUGGUAUGACUAUACGUGGGCACGAGGGGCCACGCAUGGGCAAUGUGACGUCAAUUCACUGGGACUCCUUCCCGACACACACCGUACAGAACUCGCACUUCAUGUCAAUCUUCAGACACUUAAAAGAGUUUCUCUUUUCAAAGUUUGUCCACCAGAGAUCUUGAAUGAUUUAGUACUCAGGAUGCAGUUCUGUAUCUGUACUCCUGGUGACAAAGUAUGCAAGAUGGGAGCCAUUGCUAAAGAGAUGUUCUUCAUUUCGGAUGGUAAAUUCAAGGUUACCGAUGACGCAGGUCGAGUAGUGGCUACUCGGGCAUCAGGCGAAUACUUCGGAGAGAUCGGCAUACUCAAUCUAAAAGAAAAUAGUCAUAGGAGAACGGCCAAUGUACAAUCUGUUGGAUUCUCCGAGCUUUUUACACUCUCUAAAGGUGAUAUUGUUGACGUGCUUAAAGACUACCCAGCGGUUAUGAAAAUGAUCCAGGAAGAAGGAAUGCGGAGACUCGCGACGAUGACGACACAAACGCCGCAGUCAGACGAAGACGAGGAUGAUGUUGGCGAUGUACACGAUGAAACAGAUAUUGACCAAGUCAGUAGUAUCACUGAAAUAAGUUCGUCUGACUCGUCAAUGGGAACUACGAUAAAGCAAGACGAAGAAUCGCAGGACGUUGGACAGAGCAUCACGAUGACCGAGCAGCAUCGGGCCAGCGUGGCGAGUAAUGGCCCCAUCGUGCCCGUUGCCCAUGUCAAGAAUAGGACAUCAUCAACUUACUCGGGACCUCAUGCGGUCGCGAUGAAAGAAAUGCUAGCAUCAAUUAAAAAAGCCGUUUCGGAAAAAAUCGACUCUUUCGGUGAAGUGGUAGGGAUGAUGGAGGAAGGAAACAAUGAUAUGCGAGAGAGACUUACAACGCUCCAACAAGAGAACGAAUCCAAAGACGCAAAUAUUCUAGCACUAGAGAAACGAAUCAUAGAAUUAGAAGUACCGGUGCAAGAAGCAACCAAAGAUAUGGAAGAGAAGAUGAGAACACUCCAACGGGAGAACGAAUUGAAGGAAGCAAAUAUCCAAACACUGGAGAAACGAAUCAAAGAAUUAGAGGAUUUAGUGAUGACAAGAUGAUAGUGACUGUAGACCUACCAGCUGCAGUGGCGUAGCCUGGAUCCAAACAUUGAGGGGGCGCCGGCAUGAUAGGGAGGGGGACCGGUCUUGCUCUGUCGAUAGACCAUGGGCACCUGGCAGGAAAUAAUUCCUUGAAAUACUAAAGCGCCAUUAUGAUAUUCAAAAUAAAGCCGAUGUAAUAAUUGCGGAGCGCCAUAAGUGUCAAAUCUGACAGCCAUAAGCGCUAUACAAGAACCCGAUACCAUUAUUAUUAUUAUUAUUAUUAAUGUUAUUAUUGUUGUUGUUAUUAUUAUUCUUGUGAUCAUUAUCAUUAUCAUAAUUAGUAUUAUUAUUAUCAUGUAGGUUAAGAAGGCCUUUGGGUAGUGUUAUUGUGUGGGAUAGGAUCGUGUCAUCCUCUCUUCAUGUCUCCCUGUCCUCACUUCUUCUCCUUAAAAAAUAAUUGUUACUUUUCUAGAUAUUAAAUGGUGGGGAGGGGGCUCCCGAGUGACCCCCAUUGUUUCCCCCUGGGCCAACUCUGGUACUGGUCAAGAAAACAAAAAAUAGACCCACUAUAUUACCUGUAAUCUUUGGUUUUAGUUUUAAGACUGUAUUUCGGGGAAAACUGUAGUUCUAAAUAUUAUUCCCAUUAUCAAUCCUCGUUUCUUUUGAGGUUAUGGAAAAAGAAAAUUGUAUAAUAAUUAAAUCCUUUGCUGAUAACCGCACAUACUUUUCAAACUUUAAAAAGCGCACACACGUCACACUUGUGAUACUGAAGAAAAUGUUUUCCCGUUUAUAUUGCGAUGCCCUUUUCUUUCUUUACUUAAUUCUAAAUAAAUAGGCUUUUCUCUGAAAUCUUCUUUGGGGAUAACAAUUCAUGUAAUUAUGUCGUUCCCUACAUAUAAUGUCAAUUCAAUUUGAUUUUGUGAAAUUUUCCCUUUCAUCAACCAGUGACGAAAACAGUAUUUUUUGAUCGUGCCUUUACUAAUUUUGAGAGAAGAAUGGCUGUAUGUCAGAGUUUAUAUUGCCGUCCAUUUAAUAUUUUAUGAUAUUCAAGUCAGCCGUAUAAUAAUGUGAAAAUUCUUGGCGCGUGACUUUGUCCUGUAGUUAUCAGGCCAUGUAAUGAUUGUAUUUUAACAUUUCAAUUUUACAAUUUUAAGCUAGUGCUAACUUGAACAAAAAUCUUUGUAUGUUAGAAAUGUGGUUGUGUGGUGUAUGCGCGUGUGGAUGUGUGAGUAUAUGUGUGACUAGUGCUUUUUUAUAUUACAAUUUUGUGUCGUAUACAGUCGUCAGAUCAGUUGAAAACAAUAAAGGCAAUAGUUCUAUCAUACAAUUUCUAUCAUCGUCCUAUAAAGUCAUCAUCAUCAUCAUCAUCAUCAAUAUCAUCAUCACC